AUGAACAGUGAGAAGAAACGAUAUCGAUGGCGACGUGGUCCAAUCUUAAUUGAAGAGAAUUUAGUAAUUAAUUCCACGUCAACCACAGUAACAACAAGAAGCGAAGAAGAAAAAUGUACGGCAACUACACGACGAAAAUGGUACAAAAAGAACGAUGAUGCUCUUGUUCAUGAUGACAAUGAUGAUGAUGAUGAUGAUGAUGAUGAUAAUAAUAAUAAUAAUAAUAUUCAACGAUCGAGAAUAUUUCCUAGUGAAACAAUCACAGAGAAAAUUGAUCGAAUUCUUAAAAAAAUUAACGCUUGGACAAAUGAAACGCCAAUACCAACAAGAACCGAUACAAGUACUAACAAUGCUAAUCGAACAAAAAUGUCUUUUCCCAAACCGACAAAAUCACCGUGUAAUUAUGAUAAUGUUCCUCGAACUGCAACUAAUUCAAACAUUACCAUGCCAAGCUCGAAUUCAUCAUAUACUUCAUAUCGACAACGUUGCUCGUCGUCUACCUAUGAAAAUCCACCAAUGAUUCGCACUCAACGUAUAUCAAAUCCUCGGCCAUUUUCAAUGGCAUUUACCGGCGAACCUUUCCGAACGAAUUCAUCGUACGGUCGUAAUUCUCUUUAUAAAACACCCACACCACCAUUAAGAACAUUUCAUCGGCCACUGAAUUCAUUUGUACUCAAUCGAUAUUCAGAUCACCGACGAUCCUUGUAUUCACCAAAUACGAAUUUGACAUCUCUAUCAUCCUUGUAUGGUUCGGAUUUUUUCUAUCCACCAGCAUCGGAACAAGAACAUCAUGAAUACGAUAAUAUACCUUUUGCAGAUGAUUCUUCUACGCAGCAUUGCGAUCCAUUUCCAACGAUAGUCGUCGAUUGCCAACGUUGUAGUCAAAGUGUUGAUCGAUCAUUAUUGCGUGAUAGAUCAUGUCAAGUACCAUCCGACGAAGAACUUUAUCAGGAUACUCAAUUACAAGAUCGUAAAACUACAAGAUCCUCUCCAUUAUAUGUCUCACCGCGAUCAUCACCUCCACUUUGUCAUCCACCGAAGGCUGAUAGUUUGCUGGCACCUUAUCAUUUUCGACGGAAACACUCUUUAUCAUCUUUUAUAUUUAUGCAUAAUCGAUCGAAAUCAGUUCCAUCGUCAUCAUCAAUAUCAAGCCAAAAAACUGAUUCAAUACCAAUAAUUUCUCCUGUACCAAUACCAUCUGAUUCACAUGCUAAUCCAUCAACAACAACGCUUCUUCGUUCAAUAAAAACAUCUAUCAAUGCUAUGAAAAGACGUCUCAAAGAUAUUCGACGUUGGUCUGAGGAUUCAAACGUAACAACCGUCUUAGACGAUUAUACGGCACGCAGUCCCCAAGAAUUAACUGUGAGCAAAGGUCAGCAUGUACGACUUGUUCAAAGGCAACCGUUGAAUACACCCGAUUGGUGUCUCAUUCGUUUAUUGAACCAUCAUCAACAACAAACUCUGUCAAGUGCCUCAUCACUUGCUGUUUCAUCAAUAACACUUGCAAGUGCAUCAGCUGACUUAUCAUCAAUACCAUCUACAAAAUAUAUCGAAGGACUUGUACCAGCAGCUAUUCUUAAAUCAGCUAAAUCAUCGUCAUCAAACAUUCAAUUACCACCGCCAUUACCUCGUUCAUUAAAUAGUAGUAGAAGUGAGCAAGAUGUUAUUUCAAACAAUCUAGACGAAUUACAACCACGAAAUCCUUCUUCGAUUUUUCAAAUCAAUAAACGAAAAUCUAGUGUUAGAAAAAUUCUUAAAACUCCCGUUCGACGUCUGAGCUUAAAGGAUAAUAGUACUAGUAAAAAUGUUAAAACACCAGAUCUACCAAAUUUAAUAACAAAUUCAGCAUCGAUUAUACCAGCAGAUAGUGGUAAUGAUAUAUAUGCUAAUAAAAGAGAACCGUUGUCUUCCGAUUCUUCAAUAUCAAGAAAGAUCAAGCCAUUUACAUUUAUAAAUACUGAAAAUUCAGCAUCAACUCCUAAUAAUACGGUGGGUGAAGAUUUAUUUUUAUACGAUGAUUAA